GGAUAUAGGCUACAACUCGCUCUCAUCCCUACCCAACGAUGCAUUCAGAGGACUGCAGAACCUACAGACACUGUAUAUAUACAACAACCAGCUCUUAUCCCUGUCCAUGUAUGCAUUCGAAGGACUGCAGAACCUACAGACACUGUACCUUAAUGACAACCAGAUACGCAAUAUGUCUCGGGCGGCGUUCGGGGAUAAACUUGUCAGUCUGUUGUCUGCUUGAUUGGACGGAAGAACGUUGGCUUUUGAUAUUUUGUGAUUUUCCAAUAGACUGCUCGGUUUACUGCGCUUUCUGUCAUCUCGAAAAUAAUCCUCUCAACUGCGACUGCCAGCUGCGAUGGCUCAUUGAGAGAAUGCAGGUCAGCCAGUCUCUCAAAGUAGAGUCAGCCGUGUGUAGUGAGCCCGCGCACCUGAAGGGGCGUAACAUAGAGAGCGUCAACCCAGUGGCUCUCAACUGCGGAACACAGAUAAACGAUUUCAACGAAUGCGCGUUCGACCCGUGUAAAAAUGGCGCCACGUGCAGCAACGUCCAGUAUGCGUUCUCAUGCACAUGUUUACCAGGCUGGAAGGGAUAUAACUGUGACCAGGAUAUUAACGAAUGCUCGCCCGCUCCUUGUAAGAACGGCGCCACGUGCAGCAACCUCCAGAAUGCGUACUCAUGCAAGUGUGUUCCUGGCUGGCAGGGAAAAAACUGUGACCAGGAUAUCGACGAAUGUGCCUCAAACCCUUGUAAGUACGGUGCGACGUGCAGCAAUCUUCAGAACCAGUAUUCGUGCCAGUGUUCACCGGGCUGGAAUGGAAAAAACUGUGAUCAGGAUAUCAACGAAUGCGCACCUGCCCCAUGUAAGAACGGCGCCACGUGCAUUAAUCUUGAGAACGCGUACUCGUGCACAUGCUCACCGGGCUGGCAAGGCAAUUACUGUGAUCAGGAUAUUAACGAAUGCUCGCCCGCUCCGUGUAAGAACGGCGCCACGUGCAGCAAUCUCCAGAAUGCGUACUCAUGCAAGUGUGUGCCUGGCUGGGAUGGAAAAAACUGUGACCAGGAUAACAACGAAUGCUCGCCCGACCCGUGUAAAAAUGGCGCAACGUGCAGCAACCUUCAGAAUGCGUACUCAUGCACGUGUAACCCUGGCUGGAAGGGAAAUAACUGUGACCAGGAUGUCGACGAAUGUGCCCAAAACCCUUGUAAGUACGGAGCGACAUGCAACAAUCUUCGGAACGAAUAUUCGUGCACGUGUUCACCCGGCUGGCAGGGGAAAAACUGUGAUCAAGAUAUCAACGAAUGCGACCUUGCGCCAUGUAAGAACGGCGCCAAGUGCACAAAUCUUCAGAACGCCUACUCUUGUACAUGCUUACCGGGCUGGCAAGGCAACAGCUGUGAUCAAGAGGCGUCAACAUCUCAAGCGCCUGAAUCACAUUCAACUGUCUCACCGACUACGGAAUCGUUGAAAUAUGUGUACAUCGGCAUUGGGCUCGGCGUCUUUGUGUUGGUUGUCACCAAUGUAGCAGUUAUUGUCAUCAUAACAAAGAAAAUACGCAGGAGGCGUAAUACCCCAAGCUAUCCGAUGACAGACCGCCAACAGAUGACGCAAUGCGUUCCCUCGCAGAUAGAUGCUGUGAGAGAUUAUCAACCACUGGCAGAUCGUGGUCUGAUGAGAAGAGACUAUGAUCGCAUAGCAGACCGUGAUGUGCUUCCAAGAGAGUAUGAUGAGGUAGAGAUCACAGAGACGAGCCUUCAGUCUGACGUCCCACAAUACAGGGCGCCACUAGCAGCAAGGACGAUGGUUACCUAAACCAAUGACUGAAAAGAUGUCAAGGGACAUAUCAAUACCACUGAAACCAAAGGACUAGCCGUAGCCGUAACGUUAAACGAGUGUCACUUGCAACAUAACACCAGUUCCAACAGAGCUUUCAAUGGAUAUACAUGCCCUGCUUUAAAAGACAAGCAAUUGUCCCUUCGCGCAAAACAUCAAGGCAUCAGAUUUUUUAUCCACAUGUAUGCAACCUUGUAAAGUGCGAAGGAAUUGUUUAUAUUGUAAAAAAAAUAAAUAUUUUGCUUAUUUACAUUUUAUUGAUAAAAAAUGUAUCACAAUAACAAUACCAAAUUAAAAUUGAGUUGUUAGUUUAAAGAAAAACAUAUUUAGAUAAUAUGUAUUCUCUCAAACAGGAAUCUGUUUAUUGAUGUUUGCGACUAAUUGUGUGUGCGUGUUUUUCCUUAAUGUCCUUAAUGUAGGAUAUUCUAAUAGUUAAAUAUUUAUUUGACGCUUUCCUUUCGUGAUGUGAGUUCUGUUUAUAUUAUGUUUAUUCUUGAUAUACAAUAACGCUGUACAAUGUGCAUGCAAAUUGAUGUAUUUCUUACGUUUAUCACAUGGCCAUGAGACAAAAUACUCAAACUUUUAAUGACGAGUUCAGCAUACAACCGUCACAAUUUGAAUGUAUGAAUUUCUUUUAUUGAAAUAAUGCGAUUUAAACGAACUAGUUUGCUGAAUAAUGUAAACAAUUAAGUUUAAAACAAUUUUUUAAGUUCACAGACUGUUGGCUUAAUAUUCAUAGUCCGGAAUGUAAAAAUAUUGGACAAAACAAACACUAAUAUGGCGGUACAAAUGAUUUCAACCCUUGUAUUCAUUUUGAAACCACAUACCGUAUCAAUUAUACUGUAUACUUAUUUCAAUGAAGCUACCAGUGUUACACAACAUGGAUCAUCGGUGUUUGUUAUGUCCAAUGAAAAUAUUUCGUCUAGAAAUACGGAUGUCCAGAGUUCCGUUACAAUUUUGAUCAAUUUUGCCAAGAACUAUUUCGCUGUUUUCAUACGCUUGAAUUACCUUUCUUGCCGUUUCUUGAAUUAUUUUAGCCCGUAAGUAUGGUUGUAUUUCAUAUUGAUUGAUGAAAGUUAGUAAAGCGAAGUCAACAAUACUAUGCUUAUAUGAGUUAUGGGUAUUCUUGUAUGUAUAUGUAUAUGAACAUCAGUGUUAUUCUUAACGUGUCAAAUUUAAGAUUGUAGAUUUUGUUAUAUAUUACGCAAAUGAACUGUGAAUGUCGUUGCUGCAAUUCGUCAAAUAGUUGUAUGAAAAAUAGUAUAGCGAGAAUACAUGCGUGGUGUGCACAUACUUGGCUGAAUCAAGCAUCACAUUCAGUCGUGUUUUAAUAUUACAAAAUAUUAUUACUUACGACUGAUGAAGUAGUUUGUUUUUGCAUGAUAUUAAAAUACAUAGAUUGCUUUGAGAAUAGUCUAAAACCGCUUUUUAUCACAUGCUAUACCCUGUUUCCCAUGGUAUACAACCAUUACAUUUUUUUACACAUGUGUAAUACAACAUUUUUAAGCGUUUUCAUUGGCUUAGAUUUCGUUUAUUGACCAAUCGCAUUUUGUUAUUUUGCUGAAAUGGCGUUGCAACGUCAAAUGACGUCACGAAAUGUAAACAACAUUCUGGAUUUAUCAUUAUGUUUUCGUAAAUAUUUAUUUAAUUUGCUCUAAAGCAUGUGAUAAACAAAAUAUGACACUCGUUGUCAUUUCAUACCAUAUUUUAUUGAACUCAUCCAGGAAAUUCGUUAGUAAGCUCGCCAAAGGCUCACUUACUAACAAAAUUCCUGAACUCGUUUAAUAAAAUAUGGUAUGAUAUAACAACUCUUGCCAGAUCCUAUAUAUCUUUUUGACACGCAUGAUAUUGUUACAUUGGAUUAAUGCAUUACGCUAUAUUAGAAGUCUUAAUAUUUAUAUUCUUAUAUUGUGAGAAAAGAAUUGAACUUAAUAUCAUAUUUCUGUACUUCGAUAUUAUUUAUUCUAGAAAACUUUAAACCUUAAAUCAUGAACAAUUGAUAUAUUCCUUUGAUGAAUGGACUGUACAGUGUACGCACAUUGCAUGCAGAUAUUUCUUUGUUCCCUUUUUCGUUAAAAAAAAAUUAAUGUCGUGCGAAUAUAUCUCGAAGCUAGUGUUUCUGAACAUAUGUUUCGGUGUUAUUUAUCAUUGAAAUAAAUGAACUGGUACAAUGUACUAUACUUUCCAUGUUAUAUGUCCUUGAGGAAUAAACUGACUGUAUAUUUAGAAAAUCGAUUUAGAUAUUAUUGGUUAAUGCGAAAAAUAAUCUCUAUCGAACAGAUGUACUGGAUAAUAUAUAUUAAUUUAAUGAAUGUAUAUAUAGCGUAAGUAUUUAGAUGUAUUCCUAAUCUAUUGACAUUUUUUACGGCUCAAUAUUCUUUAGAGGAAUCAACUAUUGAAUACAUGUGUUUUGAUUUUGUUUAGUUUUUUUACAGACAUAACUUUGUAUUGUGAACAUGUAUUUUGAUUUUGUUUCAGAUAACAUAACUGAAUAACUUUCAAACGUAUAUUGUUGGUUCUGACAUAAAUGAAAUGUAUAUUGGGUACAUAUAGUUUUACUGUAUGUUUUCCUUCUACUUAAUAACUGUAUAUUGAUCGCAAGUAUAGAGUACUGGUUUUUUUUUACGGGAGAUGUUAUAACUGUAAAUGAUCCAAAUGUAUCUUGAUUUUAUUCUUUCCGGUUUUAAAAGUGCGGGAUAUUGCUCACAUACAUUUUGAUUUGGAGGACAUACAUCAAUUGUAUUGUGUGUGCAUGUGUGUGGAUCUUAUAUUUUCAUGCUAUAAACGAACAUGAGCUGUAUUGAGCAAAUAUAUUUAGAUACAAUAUAUGAUUAAGAUGUAUAAUUCCUUAUUUAAAUGAAUGAAAAUAGUGCGCAUAUGUCGUUUGUUUGUAUGUAAAUGCAAUGGUCGUUGCACAGCUGUAUCGCCAGUUUUUAUGAUGUUUUGUGCUUAAUGUUGUAUUGUAUGUAUUGUCUUAUAUAGCAUAAACAAUUGGUCAUAUGCCUUAAAUUAAAGACUAACAGACACGAAUUUCUAUCCUGUCAAUGAUUCCUGAGUUUCAUUUCAUCAAUAUAUUUGAUAAAAGCUGAUUAUUCGCAUUACGUCUUGCUUUCUUUCUGAAGCUACAUAAAACUGAUCUCGCUUCAUAUUCUACGGGAGUGUUAAUACGAGACAUAUAUAUACUCAAUAUACUUUAUGCAGACAUUUUAUAAUCGUCUUGGACGAUAAUUUGUAUUCGACAAAAUUCAAAAUGGCGGACACUCAAUACAAUUAAAAUGGAUUGCUGUCAGCCUUCUUGAAUAAAAUAAUGUUCUUCGAAGUUUCUUCAUUUAAUAUAAAACUUCUCACGUUUUAUAUAUAUGUAUAUAUAAACCCAAUAUGGCUGGACGACAGUUAUUAUUUUGUUAUGUCAAUAGUGAUUAUAAGUCGCCACCUUGGGUUUGCUUAAUCUUACACAACAGCAGUUUUGUUAAAAAAUGAGCACACUUGAUGGACUCAAUGCGUGGAAGCAUUUUAAAUAAAUAUAUUGUUGAACAAAAGUCUAAAUAAGAGACUGGUGGCCAUAAUUUUAUUUAGCCGAAUUGUUGCAUUAAGGAUCUGUUUUAUUUUGUGAAGACGUACAUACAAUUUCAUGCGGUUGAUAAACAUAAUGCGUACAAGUGUUCGACAUAAAGAUUACACCAAAAAUACAAGCCAGUCGACUUAUUGCUAUCUUAAAUUGUUAAAAGUGUCAAUUUUAUUAAGUAAACUUCGUUUACAUGUUUUGACAGAUUUUGAUUCAGAUCGAAGUAGUUGCUCUAAAUGAUAACUUUAUUUAUGUAUUUAUUUACCUUUAUUUCGAAAAAAGUAAACAUGCAAAAUGGCUUACUGGAGGUUAACUAUAGCUUUCAUUGGUUAUAAGCACUGUUGUAUCUGUAGUACACACAAAUAUUGUAUAUGAUAUAUAUUUAUAUUUGUAUGUUAAGCUGCACUGAACUUAAAUGGAAUUUAAUCAUACUUUCAGUCUUUUUGGUUUUACUUAUUACGUAUGGAACAUACUUGCGUAUAUACAAACUGAAUAUCAUUAUAGGGAUUAAGGCACUUAAAUAUAUAAUAAGAAAUCGUAGUAUUCAUCGGUUACAUAGAAUCGAUAUGUAUACAAAACAAUGUAGCCAUGUAACAAUUUUUUUCGAUAUAAUGCGAAUCUAUCUUUUAUUUAAAUAUAUUGUUCCGAAACGUAGGGUUUGAAAACAGCACAAUUAGUAUUAUAUUAUAUAUGUUAAAGCAUAUAUUUGCUUUCGCCUGCUCUUAGUUUUCUAGUUGCUGAUUUUUUCAAUGCAAACUGACAUUUUUGUCUGACAGUUUCUACCAUUUGCCUUACAGAUUGGUUAGAUAAAAAUAAACCGUAUUUCUUUAUGAAAUGUUGCGUAUAUAUAUUGUACAUACUGGUUUGUAUAAGAUGCUUUAGUCCCUUCCCUGUAUUUAAUGUCUAUAUUGGAAUACUUAUAUAUAUUUUGUUUAAAGCGACUAUGCCAACAAAAGUCGUCCAGCUGUAGUAUACACUUAAAAAAUAACGUUAAUAACCCAAGUUACAAAUAUCUAUAAUAAUUAACAUAUUAUUGAAAUAACUAUAACUUUCUGGGAAAGAAACGAAACAAUGUAGAUCGUGUUUCUUCGACUUUUUUUGUUGUUUACACCCAACCACAUGUUAACUUUUUACACUGUCCGUGUUAUUUAUAAUUGGUUUUCUUUUUUUUAGUAUUUUUCUUAAUGUGUUUGUAUAUUCAUUUCUUAAAUGUUAUAUUAUUAUUUCGCUUCGGGAAUAUAAUCUGUUGGUAUGAACUCUCACGGUGGAUGUAUGAAUGUAAUUCUUUCCUUCAGUAUAUUACAGUAUAAUAAAUAUAGCCUCUUU